CUGACAUGACGUUCCGUCACGCCGAUGUCAAACUGAACGCCCAGACGUUAAAAACAAGUUAAAAAGUUUCGAAAAUGUCGAGCAAACUAACUUUAUUCCGACCGUUUCGCAGUUUGCAAUAUCGAAUUCUCUCCAGUAUUUUAUCGCGGAAUGACAUGAUAUUUCGACUGGGGCACACCGACAUAAAAGUGCCUGAUUUCACGAAGCACAUGCGGCACAGUGUCGCCGAUCCAAAAUCUGACUCCGCUGAGUCUAUCGAUGGAAGAAGAUUGAUGACUUAUAUGCUGACCGGGAUGCUUUGGACGGGGUUAAUGUACGGUACCAAAGCUGAAAUCAUAAGAUAUGUGGAAUUCAUGGCUCCAUCGGCUGAGGUUUUGGCCCUAGCCAGAAUCGAAAUAGAUCUCAGUCAAAUCGCAGAGGAUAAACAUAUGACGUACAAAUGGCGCGGGAAGCCCCUCUUCGUCUGGCAUCGUACGGAAGAGUCCAUAAAGCAGGUGAGGAGUAUUCCAUUAUCAAUCCUUAGAGACCCUCAGGAAGAUGCUGCAAGAGUUAAAGAUCCUAAGUGGUUGGUCGUUAUAGGUGUUUGUACACAUUUAGGUUGUGUACCCAUAUCGCAUCAAGGAGACUUUGGUGGUUAUUACUGCCCAUGCCAUGGUUCCCAUUUUGAUAUUUCCGGUAGAGCUCGCAAGGGUCCAGCACCAACAAACUUGGAGGUACCAGAGUACACCAUCGUAGGAGAUACUCUGACUGUUGGUUAAAUAAAUUCACUACUUAAAAAAUGCAACCAUUCCGAAUUCCGACAUUAUCUAUUACUUAUUUUCAAUACUUAAUAAAACUUAAGCUAUUAAAAUA